UUAAAACCACUUUUUUAUUUUGUAGAAAGUUUAUGACUUCCUAGACUGAAGUCAUGUGACCUGCUGCAGUUAUAAAGGCUGAGGCCUGAGUCCAGUCUCUGUCUCUGCAGCGAAAACCACACGGACUGAAGCCAACAUGAAAGUCAAGGACAUGGCGUUUAAGGAGGGGCAGGAGUUAAAGAUCCGCGUCAAACCCAGUGACGACUGCUGCUCUUUUUCCAUAAACAUCGGUCACGACCCAGAGAACAUCGCGUUGCACUUUAACCCGCGCUUCGAGGUCGGUGGAGACACCAACAUCAUCGUCUUUAACUCCAAGUCUGGGGGCUGCUGGGGGGAGGAGCACCGCAACAUGGUCUUCCCCUUCUGCAGAGGCGAGGAGUGCAAGUUCUACAUAAACUUUAACAUGGAGAGUUUCUACAUCAGACUCUGUGACGGGUCCAUGAUGGACUUCCCAAACCGACUUGGAGAUGUGAAAUACAAGUACUUUGAUGUGUCCGGAGACGCUCGCAUCAUUGGCUUGAAAAUCAAAUAGUCCAGACAAGAAACAUCUGCAACACUUUUUCAUAAAUAAUAAAGUUUGUUAAAGCCA